AUGGUGAAGCUCUGCACCCUCAGCAUCCUCCUGAGCCUGCUGGUCCCUGCCCAGCCCAACAGGUCACCCGACUGUGGGGGCAUCCUCACCCCCUCAGGACUGAGCUACUUUGCUGAGGUUUCCAAGCCACACACAGAGGCAGUGCUCAGGCAGCAGCUGGUGACAGACUCCGACCUCUUCCAAAGCUCCUCCAAGCCCAGCAGGAACCAAGUCACCUCAGUCAACGUCUCCGAGCUGUCCCUGUCCCUCGUGCCCCACACUGGGCUGCGGCUGAGCAUCAAUGCAGACCUGGGCACCUCCUCUGCCCCCUCAGCCAGCAGGGUGAGGAGAUUGUCCAUCCUGGCUGACCUCCACGUGGAGAUGAACCUCGAAGGCAACAUGGAGCUGGUGACCUCUUCCUGCAAACCCACUGUGGAGGACACACAGAGCAGCACUGAGGAGGUGGAAAGCAAGUCCUCUAGUUCAGAGCAGGACAAGGAGAUCGAUGUGGACAAGCUUUGCCUGGAAGUCUCCAAGCUGCUGCUCUCCCCCAACGAGAGGCUUAUUUCCCUGACAACCCAGUUCCCCGUCACAGCCAGCUGCCAGCUGCAGUACGUGCCCCUGGCAGUGCCCAUGUUCUCCGAGCAGGGGAUCAUCAUAUCCUUGCAAACAACUUUCCAGGUGGCAGGAAUUCCGAUCCCCCUGCCAGUCAGCCCUGUGCCCUUCAGCAUGCCCGAGCCAGCCAGCUCCAGCUCUUCCCACCUCACCCUGGCUUUCUCUGAGCACUUCUACACCAGCCUCUUCUUUGCCCUGGAAAUUGCUGGAGCCUUCAACAUGACCUUGCUGAGCCCCCUGACCACCAACACCAUGGCUCAGAAAAUCCCUCAGAUGGGCUCCCUCUUCCAGGAGGAUGUGCCAGUGGUCCUGCAAGCUGUGUUCAGGAGCUCACCUCGGGUGGAGCUGGAGGAAGGCAAAGCAGCCCUGAGGCUCUUCCUCACCGUUCACGUUGGGGCAGGAGCUGCAGGUUUCCAGAGCUUUCUGAGCAUGAGCGUGGACAUGUCUGCAGGGCUCCUCCUCGGCGUGGCUGACACCAGGAUGAAGAUCUCAGCAGCAACAAUCGAGGGUGUUGAGCUCAGCCUGGCUGCCUCUGACGUGGGUUCUGUGCCGGAUGCUGUGCUGGAGGAGGUGUUCCUGCCCACCAUCCACCGGGAGGUGCCAGCUCAGCUGAACGUGGUGCUGAGCGAAGGCAUCUCCCUGCCCCACGUCUCUGGCUUCACCUACACUGACGUCAGCGUGCUGAUCCACAGGGACUACGUCCUGGUCCCCUGCAACCUGCAGCUGCAGGAGAGGAUCGGAGGACAGAGCUGA